UUAUAUUGUCCUGUCAAUAACAGUUUAAGAGAAACGACAUCCUGUCAUGUCAUUAAGCAGGAAAUAUGUUUGUGACAGUUGUACAUGCAGGCAUAAGAACGAAUUUCAGUUAUUUUCCUUGUGUUUGUAUAUGACGAAUACCGAUGCUAUUACGUAAAACAACUGGGUUAUUAAUUUUAUUUGUGUAAUUUAAAUAAGUGUUUUACAUGGUGGUGAUAUGAAGUGUUUGAACACUCGAUAGGCUUGAACUGCGAGGCUAUAACAGCGAUCGGCAUCCAUAAAUUCUUCGAUAUCCCGUGCAGUUGGCCGGAGAAACCAAUAUCGCCAAAUGGCAGAGUGGUGAGCGACACAUUAGGUUGAUAUUUCAAGACAGUACGGCGAAAGUGUUGCACAUGAGAAUCUUAAAGAGCGUUGUUAAAGUAUGCGAUAGCUUAUGUGGAAUAUGACGUAUUGCUAAUGUGGUUAGUAGGUGAGCUAUAUUCAUUUAGUCUUCAAUGAUGCAUGUCCGUAUGCACGUGUUUUUGUUAUAUAUCCAACUCUGUAACAAUUACUUUGUGUAAAUGAGUCGUGAUCGAAUAGUAUGGACAAGAAUACUAUGUGUCGUUUAAUAGAAAGCAAUUGAAUACAAUUGGGAAACAAAUAUCACACGAUUUACUUUGUAAAAAGGGAUCGCUUAUCGCUGUAUGCACACAUUUGAUUACAUCUUAUUUAUUAUAUUAAAUAUAUACGUGUGUGAAAAUAACAGAUCCAAACAGUUUGAACGCUCAAAUUAACAUACGGGACAACUAUGAAUCGCAACAGUUACACCGAGUCAACGUUGGAGACGUUAACGGAAGGCAUCUGCAACUUACGUCGGUCUUUCUCGUCGAGGCGACGAAAGAAGAAGCCGUUAUCCGCUAUUAAUACAUCCGGGACAGGGUCGGGGCCUUGCUCGCCCACCCAGCUUUCCCAUCAACCACUCCGGUCGGUCAGAUCGAAUCCACAAUCCUGCGGAUUCUUCGAUUUUUCACCAGCGUCUGACCUUACGUCACGAAGAGGGGUAUUCAGUAGACGGCAUUAUGGCUCUGUAGAAUUGUUGAAUUCAAGUGACAACGACUCUCCUCUCAAUGCCGGGAGGUUUAGGGUGGAAACUGGAGAACGGAGCUUUGAAGAGCCUGGGAGUCCCCUAAACAGCCCCAUUCAUCUCGAGAAUCCAGAGUUCCAGACUAGAUGGUACUUCAAGUACUUUCUUGGAAAAUUACAUCAGAACUAUGUUUACAUCGACACAGAGAAGGAUGUGUAUGUGCUGUCGGUGGUCGUCACGGAUACGAACAAUCACAACGUACCCCAGUAUAGAGCAAUCCUCUGGACCAAAACGGGUGCUAAGAAGAUCUGUCUGCCAUACAACCCCAGCAAGCCACAGACGGUCAAGGGCAUUCUGGGUCACCUUGACAUGGACCGGGUAGAAAAGGGGCCAAAGGAAAUCUUCAACCCUGAAAUACAGAAAGAAAUACUGGUGCUAGAGGAGCAAGAGGGUUCGGUGAAUUUCAAGUUUGGGGUGUUAUAUGCCAAAGAAGGGCAGUCUUCAGAUGACGAUUUCUUUAGCAACGAAACCGGGAGUGACCAAUUUGAGCGUUUUCUGAAGCUAUUGGGGGACCGUAUCAAGUUAAAAGGCUGGGACAAAUUCAAAGCUGGACUGGAUGUGAAAGCCAAUACCACAGGUGCUGAGACGGUGUACACGGUGUACGAGGGACACGAGAUCAUGUUUCAUGUCUCAACCAUGCUGCCAUACUCCACAGACAACAAACAACAGGUGGAACGAAAGCGCCACAUAGGAAAUGAUAUAGUGAACAUAAUAUUUUGGGACGGCGAUCCAAACUGUAUACCAAGCUUCAAGCCGGGAAUGAUGAAGACAAGAUUUACUCAUAUAUUUGCUGUAGUUACAUAUAAUCCAGAGACUCUGAGAUACCGGUUGAGUGUUUUCUCACAAGAGUCGGUUCCCUUGUUUGGACCGCCACUUCCUACUCCGCCAGAAUUCUUCGAUGCAGAGGAGUUCAGGGACUUCCUGCUGGUGAAAUUGAUGAAUGGUGAAAAGGCAGCGGUGAACAACCCCAUGUUUACUCAGAAACGAGAGAGGACUCUGGAGAUGCUCAUUAAAAACCUCUACUUAGACUACAUGCCAGAGCACAACAUGUUAAAUCGACGGGCGUUCAGUGAUGUUAUACAAGACGCCAAUACAAGCAGACGGAAAGAAGACGCCAGAAGAGCAGAAUUUGUUCGUAUAGGGCAGACUUUGAAACUGAAGACAAUACGUGAAGGGAAUGCACCAACAAGCCUUAUCAGCACUGGACUUUUGAAGACACAGCCAUGGGAACCUCAGCAUUACCAUAGCGAUUUCAGUCAUCCAAUCAUAGCCUCCGAUUCAUGGGGGGACCGACUUGUGAUAGCUACAGAGCUGGGCACUUUCGUUUUAGAAGAGGACCUUCCAAUGCGCCUGAUGUUUGACAAAAGCGUCUGCGUGAGACAGAUCAGUGUGGUGGAAGCACAUGGUUUGCUCAUACUUCGUAAAGACAAAGGAAAAGAUGGCAAGAUUUGUGUAUUUCGUCUCAUUGAUUUCGAAGCAGAGUCUUCCGAGGUCUGUGCUCGAACCAAAACUGACUGCAGAGAACACAAGAUUGAAAAAACAAAAGGUUGUCACCUGUAUGCCUUAAGUCGUCCAGGUAGCAGCCAUCUUCGCAUGGUGGUUGCCGUGGGUCGCAAGUUGUUGUUGUUCACUUGGAAACAUUCCGCUGAGUGGCUUGUCUGGUGUUGCCCCACAGUGGAACUUGACUGUGUCGUGGAUGGAUUUACGUUUGUUCGUGAGCUAGAAUGUUUCGAGCCUGCUCAAAUCGUGACUCUCAUCGACGGCACGAAAGGCGUUCAUGAUGGCGUGAAACAAGACAACCAGAUCUGCAUCGGCUACAAGCAUCAGUACGACCUGAUCAAUGAGAAGAAUGGAGAUACUCUUCAACUCUUUCAGAUCGACACAAAUAAGAAUGUGACUCUGGUCUCAGCCAUCGACAUCUAUGAAGACGAGGAGGCUGAAUUGCUUCUGUCAUACAACUACGCCAGUCACUUCCAGAAGUUGAAAGAAGAGGUAUUCAAUGACUUUGACAUCCACUGGAACUCGGAACCAGUCCAUAUCGUGUGUGCCUUUCCAUACGUGAUGGCCUUCACUGCAGAUACGAUAGAGAUCCGACUGAUCGUCAAUGGCAACCUAGUGAAUACAAUGACCAUGCCUGACCUUACUCUCAUAUCAUCGAAGUAUGACAUAUACUUUGCAUCUUCUGCGUUCCCUUCCCCGUCCCAGCGAGACCGUUUGGCGGCAGAUGGCUUGGAUAUUUGCUCAACCCCGCCCCCUUCGCCAUCAUUCAAGUUUCCGCCCUCCCCAAAUGCCAAAUCCUCCAUGCCCAUACGGUUCAUCUACAAGAUCCCGAUCACGUGCCUCACGGGUCACGUGGUGCCAGAGAAGGCUGUGGUGAGCAGUCCGUCAGUCCAGCAGUCCACGCUGCUAGCGCCCGUGAUAGGGGGCGCCACAUCGCCCGGACUGUUGAGGAAGAGUCCGCUACUGAGGACCAAGAACCUGCACAUGGUACCUGUGGAACACGCCGAGUAUGAACGACACGAUUCCUCCAGCUCAGACUCUGGUAUAACGAUGUUACGCACCACUGAUAUUUCUCCACCAGAGAGCCCUAACGUAGCUUCAUGCAGUGGCGUCGUAUUUCAUGACUCCAGUAACGUUUGACAUCAGCUGAUUGCUACUUCACGAUUCCAAUGACGUUUGACAUCAGCUCAGUCCAAUAUCACCAUUCCAGUAACGUUUGAAGUCAGCAGUGUCAUAUUAAAUGAUAUAAGUAAUAAUGUUGACGUUGUAUUUCACUAUUCCAGUAACGCUUGGCUCCAGCUGAUGUGCCGACAUCCAAUUGUACGUCAUUGUGCUCAUGCUUUAUGAGGUCGGAUUGUCAAGGUCAUGUGUUCUUUCUAUUGCGUUCUCACUGUGUUUGUAAGUGUGACGACUGCGCAAUUUGAUAUGUGUUAAUGAUUUCAUUGUGGUUAUGUGCUAACAGUUGACAUUCCAUAUUCCAUAUAUUGUCUAGAGUUUGUUAAACUGAAAUGUAUAGUAUGUGCACAAAUACAUUGAUACGGACUUGUACAUUAUUUGUUGUCUCAAGCACUUAUAUUAUUUAAAUAAAAUGCCUUCAUUAACUGGUUCCAUUAAUGGUGAAUCAUACAUUUUUAACUAAUAAUGCUCUGUAUUGAUAUUAUAUUUUAAUCUGUGUUUUUAAUUACAGACAUUUCAAUUUAUGAUUUGUUAUGCAUGGCCACGCACAAUAUGCAUGCCACGCUAUCGUUGUAUUAUAUAAAAGCGGGUCUGUUUAAAGGCCCUCAAAGGUGACGAUCCGUAAUUAUUUACCGAUUUUUAAAUAUUUUGUUUUCAUAUUUUAUUUAUAAAGGUUAUCAAAAACAAUAUAUAUACGCUAUUGGACAUUAAAAAAUGAUCAAUACAACUUGUUUUGAGCUCAAAAUACAGUGUCCUCCAAGUCAAUUGUGUUUACAAACAAUCAGUUUAUUUGCAUCGCUGUUUAAUCAGGAAAGUGAAAGUGACUAAGGUCACCAAAAAUAUAUCGUUGAUUUCCAACGAUUUACUGUAUCACUCACAAAGUAGGUCUCUUCUAAAUGGUUAAAACAUUUGUAGUAAUCUAAUAAAUUACUUUCUGCUGGUAAAAAGUUGUUUAAAAUAUAAUUAAAAAUUGAAUUUUCUUUCGGCUAUUUUUGAAGUUGUAAACAUUUCUUCCAAUUAUGAAAUGGGUUUAUCUUCCCUAAUUCUUGACAACGUUGCAGCUGAGCUGUGUUAUUUGCAUUUUUUAUACAAGAGUAACUGAAAUCCGGUAAAAAAAAUUAGACCAGUUUAUAUGCAUAAUAAUGGGAUUUGUCACCUUUAUAGGGCCUUUAAAACGCGAAAGGAUUUGUAAAAUUGGAUUCUCUUCCAUAUCAAUGCAAGGGACUUAAAAAGUGUUUUGCCUUGGUUUGCUACAAUAAAAACGUUAUACGUGUGUUUAUCAUUAGGAACUCUCUGUUUGAAAGAGAUACCCUAGUACAAGCAGCAGAUUUUGCUUUACAUGAUGUUAUACAUGAUGAUAAUUUAUGACUGUUUGCAUAUUUUGUAGUUUUUAGGGUCAACCAUUGUCUGUACUAAACUACUAAUACACAAUAUCAUGAAACAUGAUGACAGUUAUUUAAAUUGUUAAUAUGUCGUGGUGAUUGUCGAGUGUGAAUUUAAAACUGUGCUAGUCUUUUAAGGCAGUUUCUAGUCAAUGAAUUGUAAAUAUAAAUAAUCCUAUAUAUUUUUGCACUUCCCAUCCCUAUAAGUCGUGUUUUGGUGCAAUAGCUGGUCAUCAUUUGCUUCCAUUUCCAUUUUAUGUAUGCCUGAAUGACCCUGUUUGUAUGAAAGUCCCUUCUACAAACAAAGUUCAGAUUUCACAACGUAGAUGAGCCAAACUCUGUGAAAAGGGGGUUUAAUGAAUUAGCCUGUGCAGUAAUGAAUAAGCCUGUGUAGUAAUGAAUUAGCAUGUGCAGUAAUGAAUUAGCCUGUGCAGUAAUGAAUUAGCCUGUGCAUUAAUGAAUUAGCCUGUGCAGUAACAUAGAAACAAAUAACAUUGAUGGAAUAUGUGAGUGAACAUUUGAUAACCUUAAUGUACAAUAAUUAAAGUAUACAAAUGAACUUGCAAUGAUGUAUUUUCCUUUGCUGUUGAUUGGCAUGUGCGCUGUCAUGUAGAUCAUUUAUUGAGCUGUCUCGUACGUAUUUAUUUUGUUUUUCGAUAAAAAAUGUAAAUUUGUGCUGGCUUCGAUCUUUUCCAUAAAUUGCAUCAUUUUAGCAGGCAACGUAGCUUUUAACACGUGUGUAAUAGUUUGACUAAUGAAGUUUCAGACAUUAAUAUACUCAUAUUUAAACCUCAUGCUGUCGUUGUUGUUUUAAAAAUGCAAACAACGACAAUCUCACUUAUUCAGCGCUUUCAAAGACAGGACAAUACUGUGUUGCAGACAGUUUGGAAUAACGCUCAAUGCAGUACUUGUAUGCCACGUGGUGAUGACGUCACAAUGGAACAAAAUGUCACACAUUUAACGCCACCUGUGUGUACAAAUAUGUCAUAAUGCCAAUAAUGUAAAUUAGAAACAACAUUUGCGUCCCAACAUGGACAUUUAUUGAUUUAUAAACCUUCAAAUAUAAGGAACUAUUUCUUAUUUUCAGCUAUUAAAUACAGUACUUUUUAUGCCCCCAGAUCGAUACAUCGGGGGUAUAUUGUUUUUGGCCUGUUUUUCUUUCUGUCUGUCAUUCUGUCCCAAAACUUUAACCUUACAGUAAAGUUUUGCAAUAACUUUUGAAAUAUUGAACAUAGCAACUUGAUAUUUGGCAUGCAUGUGUAUCUCAUGGAGCUGCACAUUUUGAGUAGUGAAAGGUCAAGGUCAUCCUUCAAGGUUAAAGGUCAAAAAUUUAAAAGUUUAAUAUAGUAAAGUUUUGCAAUAACUUUUGAAAUAUUGAACAAAGCAACUUGAUAUUUGGCAUGCAUGUGUAUCUCAUGGAGCUGCACAUUUUGAGUGGUGAAAGGUCAAGGUCAUUCUUCAAGGUCAAAGGUAAAAAAUUUAAAAUUUUAAUAUAGUAAAGUUUUGCAAUAACUUUUGAAAUAUUGAACAUAGCAACUUGAUAUUUGGCAUGCAUGUGUAUCUCAUGGAGCUGCACAUUUUGAGUGGUGAAAGGUCAAGGUCAUCCUUCAAGAAUAAAGGUAAAAAAGCGGUACAUUAGGGGGCAUUGUGUUUCUGACAAACACAUUGUGUUUUUUUUUCAAGUAUGCUUAGAAAAUGUAUUGUGCACACUAAAAUCGAUUCCUAAAGUGGUCAAAUGGGAUUAUAAAGCAUGAUACAUUUUAAGCUUUAUAUGUGGGCAUGCCACAUGCAUUUAUGACGUCAGAAACCACUUGGGGUACCAAUAUUGCGCUUCCAUUGCGGGUUUUGGUUUCUAUAUAACAGGGAAUAUAUAUUACACAGACCGGGUAUUUGUUGACUGUUACAGUAGUUGUUACCUGACAUUUGGAUACAGAUAUAUGCGUUGUUUAUGGUUAUAAUAGUUGAAUAAAUUGUACGAUGAAAUA